GGCGCGGGCGUUAGAUAGGAGCACCCAGUCUACUCUAGACCGCUGGACUUGUCGCUCUCGUUUCAUUUUUAGGGCAGCGAUCGUCGCGUCGCUCGACACGACGACAUACAACCCCAUCGCCAUAUAGUUUGUGAGUGUGUGUGUGUGUGUGUAAACAUUAGAUUUCAUUUUCUUGGCCCAUCGUUUUGUUUUUGUUUCUGUCGAUCCUGUGGGGAAAAGAAAACAAAAAAAUUGCUUGUUUGUGUGUUACGUUUGGAAAUUCCCGUGAAAGAGAAAAAAAAAAAAAUUAAUUAUGAAAAUGUUCAGCGUGGAUGUUAAGACACCGUCGAAAUGGUGAGGUGGUUAGGUUUGACACCUCGGCGCCAGAAGAGACGUAAAACAUCGCAGUGUAGUGCUGGACGACACUGAUGACUUUGGACGAGAAUACGCGACACACGAGUAUCGUCGGCCAGUGGAACAUUUGCGUACGGAGUGAGUGCGAAAAGUGGAAGAAACAAAACGGGGCGAAAUAGUGAAAAACAAAACAAAAAGAAAUUCCCGGUUUGACGACAAAACCGAAAUAUCGAGCCGCGUGUUUGUUUUUCCUUGCUUUUUCUUCUUCAUCUGGUUCGCCCUUUUUUUUUGUUGCCUUCUUUUUUCUCUAUCUCGUCGGCUCCAUCCAGCCCUGGCCUGCUGUUUGUCUCAUCUCAUUUUCUUCCUUCCUCCUCUUCUUGUUCAUCCAUCUUUGGCCUCCCCUCGUGUGUACGUGUGUGCGUCCUAUCUGUGGCUCUUCGUUCGUUCCCCGGAUCCCCGCCACCCAACCACCACCCCCCUCCGUUCGUGAUGGUAUUGAUCGGUUCCAUGCUGGGUGGAUGCUGCGACUAGCGGGGCUCUCGCAACUCCGAUUCACACACACGCGUGAUCACUUCGCAGAAUGUCUCCGUCGAUAUAAUACAACAAACCGCAGGAAACAACCUUAGAAGAAAAAAGUCGUCUGUGUGUGUGUGUGUGUCCGUGUUGUGUUUGUCCUCCUGCGAAUUACUCGUCACUGGCCAGGACAGCCACACGCGUUUGGGGGAAAGAAAAAGAAAAAAACAAACAACAAAACAAAACAAUGUGCAACGACGAGUCGGUUGCGAUCAUUUCGUCAGUGUCGUCCUCGAUCCAACAGCAGAAGCGCAGUUGCAUCUGAUCUCUUUGACAUUUGGCGGAGCCAGCGGUGGCCCUCCUUUUUUUUUAUUUUCUGCCCGUGAGUUUUCAAAAUCAAUAAGUCCUCGACAACGAAUCAUCAACUGACUACACAUCUACAACCGACCGAAGAGGAUUUCGUUUUUUUUGUUUUUUGUUGGACGGGAUUUCCCUUUUUUAAAAAAUCGUCUUCAAUCAAACUGACAACCAUUUGGAAUCAUUGGUGAUAUUACUGAUCCAGCUGUUCAACUCGUCCGUGGUGUUAAACCACCUCUAUGCUGCUCACGGAAUCACCUCUGCAGCCAAUUGGGCUCAACAACAAGACGAAGCUCAUCAUCAUGGGUUGCGUCUCGAGCAAGGCCGAACACGACGCGGUAGCAGGGUUUGCUACCAACGCCAACCUUUUCCAGGUGAUGAAUGUGGACGAUACGGGCCGGCGUUUAUGCCCUGGGCAGCUGGAAGUUGGCGAAUCCGACCUGAUAUUGUAUCAGCGUGGUAAAACUCCAGUCCGGUGGCCGUUGAGGUCCCUUCGGCGCUACGGUUUCGACGCCCAGCUGUUUAGCUUCGAAUGCGGCCGACGGUGUCCUACUGGACCGGGCAUUUACGCCUUCCAUUGUCGCAACGCCGAGAUACUCUUUAAUCACGUCCAGGCUCGAGUGGCAGCCCGGCACGAAGAACAGGAACAGCUGGCCGGAGUGUUGGGCGCCAAUGGCAACCAUUCGCGAUCACGAAUCCGACACUCUAUGCCGGCCCGAAGCGCCUCUUCUUUACUGUUCCCCAACAGCAACGCCGGCAAUAGCCUCGUCGUCGAUCGCGAAGAUGUCGAAGAGAAUUCCUAUCUGGAACCGAUCCGGCUAGUGGGCCAACAGCAGCAGCAAGGGCCAGCUGUUUGGUCACCCAAUUCCAGGCCGCUUAGUUCUUCCUCGCUCAUUUCUAGUAGCUCAUCGCCCAUCAGUCCGUCGGCAGCCGGCAACCUCUACGCCAACAACGAAGCUCUAUUGGCCGCAGCUGCAGCCGCCAAUAAUGACACCGGAUUAAUCCAUCAUCACCAUCAUCAUCAUGACCCAUCAACGAUGGCCAUGACCGGUUCUGUCACGAUGGAAACCGUCCUCGUUCCUCCACCGAUAGCCUACGCCAAUUUGCAUCACGACGUGAACAAUAGCAACGCGACUGCUGCCAAAGAUCCUCGGCUCAUGAUGGAGGACGAUUUAUCGGCCGACGAAGCUGAUAACCAGCAACACCUUUACAUCAAUGUCGGUCCCGAUGCCAUUGAGGCUAAGCCGAGGUCUUCAGAUUCAAAUCACAUGACAUUGCCGUCACUAAAGCAAGUCAAUUAUGUGCUAUUGGAUCUGGAUAAAGGCUCCGAUUCGACAACCACUGCUUCGGUGACGACGACCACGGGUGGUGGAUUACAAGCCAAUUCACCUGAAGGAUCUUUAGCCUCUUUCCCGGAAUCACCUCAUCGGACUGUGAACAGCAUCGCUGCGGUGGCUGCUAACGCCACGACAGCCAUCACCGAUGUUUUAUCCAGCUCAGCUCAGGCUGUCAUAAGCGCCGAAGGCUAUGCCACCAUUGAUUUUGAUCGGACGGCUGCCUUGUCGAACGCUACUGGACUUGGCGUAGCUUUUCCCAAUCUUGCCGGAUGUGAGGAGGAAGAACAAGGAUUGCGGAAGACUCGCCAUAAUUCGACCAUGGUGGGUGGCAGCAGCAGUAGCGGGAGCAGUCACGCCGUUCGUCUCUUAGGGCUCAAUCGGCAGACAUCGUCCGUCAGUGAGUGAUCAAUGGGCCUUUACAACCCCAUUUGAAAGGGCAAAAUUAAACGAUACAACUCGUCCCAAAACAACGCUCAAUUUUGUGCGCGAGCUUCGCAAGGACUAGACGAUCAAGUGCAUAAACGGAGUCGAUGCAAGGCUCAAUAGUUGGACAGGAAGGGAAGCCCCCCCCCACUCCUCUCCCUUUAAGAAAAGAAAAAAAAAGAAAAAUGUCAGGUGUUCGUUUUUGGAACAUGAUCCACUUCCACUUAUACUGAUGGCUACAUCCUAGCAUAUAUAUUGCCGACAGUAUUUCUCUCUUCUCGUCCUGUGUAACACUGUGUAUAUACCACACGUCAAUGAUCUUAUUAUACCUAAUGGGCAUUCAUUUUGAUUGGUUAUCCCACAAUCACACACACACACACACACAGUAUAUUCCGACAAAAGAAAAAUUGCCAAAAAACGAAAUUCGAUUUUAGAAUACACUUGUUACCAAUUUG